GAAGCACGUUUAGAAAACCAAGUUAUCAGCCAAAGCAUGAUGAGUACUGUGCUACCUUGUCACCCUUCACAGACGUUUGAGCAUGAAAAUAAGAAAAUGAGAAUCAUGAGAUCGACCCGGGAAAAGAAAUCUUCAAGUUCCAAAGGCACUAAAGUCUUGAAGUGUCCCAACCUCGAUUAUGAUUUCAACAUCAAGCCCUCUAACCUGGUACACUUUUCUGACCAUAGCCAUGGCUUCCCCCUCCCUCUUCCCCCUUUCUCUUCCCACGACGAGUUGGGCAAUCUGGCACAAGAACAAGGCAUUAGCCAUUCUGGACGAGAUGAUUGCAUAGAUACGUGCGGCACCAACGAACACAAUGGGGUGGUUCGAAGAGGAUCUUGCAAUAGCAUGGAAGCACAUCUUCCCAAUCACCCUAUCCAACGUAAUAACAGGGAAUCUCCUGCUGGGUCAUCAGGCAGGGGUAAGGACACCAAAUCCUUGGUGGAAAUUUCUCAUACACACGCUGUUGAUUUUAGAGAAGGAAGCUCAGAAGUUGAACAGGCUAAGACGGCCAUUGGUAAUGCCCCACUUGGACGAAUCAGGAUGGUUAAUUCAGGAGAGGAGGGUGAUCGAUUUUAAGGGUUCAGUGUCAAUGCAUAUGGGGAACAUGCCCACGAUGAAAUUGUUCCAGAUUCUCAAGCCAAUCAAGAGAUUCGACUUACACCUGUGUUACAGAGAAGAAAUUCAGGGGAUUCUAAACUAUAUGGCGAUGUGGAAGCCAAAUUGGGUAGCAUCCAAAGACCUUCUGAGGAGGUUGGGAUGGAGCAUGAUUGCAUUGGCCAAGAUAGGGUCUAAUUCGAUGGAAAUUCCUAACAAUCAUUGCUCCCAAAUGAAUAUUCUGCUAUGGAAUUGUAGGGGUGCCCUUAAUAGGGACUUUAAGAGAAGAGUGUUUGAAAUGGCUGUGAAUCAUUUUCCCUCCAUAAUGGUUAUCACAGAGACUGGAGUGGGUGGAGAUAGGGCUGCCAAGAUCAUUGAAAGCCUUCCCUUUGAUGGCUUCUUUGCUAUUGAUACCAUAGGGUAUGCAGGAGGGCUCUGGUUACUUUGGAAAAGAGAGGAGGUGGAAGUGUUUGUGCUGGCUUCUACGAAGCAGGAAAUACAUGCCACCAUCAAGGUUUCUCCUUUGUUAGCUCCAUCGAAUCAAGAUCAACCUUGCUUUUCGGGAGGCGAAUAAAUGCGCUGAUCAUCUCGCCAAGAUAGGCUACAACCUUCUAAGGAAUUUUGUUGUUUUAGAUUAUCCAUCUAUGGAAGAAUUAUGUAGUAUUUUAGACUGAUUCUAUUGGGUUGUACUCUUUAAGACUUUCAACCACAAC